AUGGCUCAGCCAGGCCUGGAAUUUGCACCAGAAUCCGAUUGGGCCACAAUAUUUUAUCAGCGACAUGGGAAACAUUGGCAAGAGAAACGCGGUCAUGAAAAAUAUGCCACAUGGAUAGUCAGGGAUCAGUUGCCAUCACUGCAAAGGUUUAGCAGAUUUCCCUUCCAGCGACUCCGAACUUUGCAAGUACUUAUCAGAGCGCCGGAUCCCAACGAUCCUGGGAGGAUGUUUUGGCUUUGGCACAAGGCCGCGUCCCUUUCUCAAAUGCUCAAUCAAGCACGCCAGGUUGAGCGGAUACAUAUUCGACAUCAUGCCUACGACGAUUCUACACACUGGGAUCGAUUCUCCAGUGCCUUUAGAGAAACAUCAGUCUCGCAAAUGGACCUUGAUAUGGUGCUCCCUGGUUUUCUAGCCUUACAGAACGUCGGCAGUCUCUACACGUCGCUGUACCAGGUUCAUCCACAGCAGAAGGCUAUGACGGCAACGAUUUGGCGGGAUCCCCUGACUCUCACAGCAAUCGGGAAGAUAUUGAUUUGGCUUCAAAUUCAUCAAAUCUUCUGGUCGCGGUCAGCUGAUCAGGACCCUUGGGGAAUCAGCGCCGAAUGGGUGAAAUCGGCCCUCACACAAGACCCUAGUCCGUUUAUCGAAUUCCAGAAGCGUUAUUGGCAGACUCUCAAACGAUUUCCUGUCCUUAUAAUGGACCAUGACCGCUUAUUCUUGAUGGUCAAGGACAUGCACCUGGCAAUUGUGGCUUUGUAUCACUACGCAACCGAGAAAUACCAUGAUCCUCAGGGGCCAGCGAGCCAGAGGCCGAUGCAUGUGGUAUUUCAGAAUUGGCAGUGUGUGGAUGUGGAAUAUGAUAUGGCCCUCGAGGGUCGUUAUCGCGAAUAUAUGAGGUUGUAUGGCUACUAUCACGAGCCUGAAGUCUCGGAUAUGGUGAAGGCGAGGAUUUGUGCGCAAACACCGUACCCUUCGCUAGAUCGUCGGUCCUUUUGGUCCGUGGUCCUUGGUUGA